AAGCCUACGAUCGAAUACGCAAUCCGAGAGGAGUAAAUGGAAAGACCAUGUUUAUUAUUUCCUGCAUAGGCGUUUUAAUCAAUUUACUAUUGAUUUUCGUACUAGGCCACACUCACUUUAACCGUCGUGACAGCAAAGACAAUAAGGAUUAUCAUCAUAGUGGAGACGGCGUUAAUAUUCGAGCGGCUUUACUGCAUGUGUUGGGCGAUUUACUCUCAUCACUAGGAGUCUUGAUUUCAUCGAUCGUCAUUAUCUACGAUCCAAGUAAGGUGUGGGUAGAUCCGCUGUGUACAUUUUUCUUUUCGGCAUUGGUAAUGGUGACCACAUUUGGAAUAUUGAAGAGUAGCAUAAGAGUGCUGAUGGAAGCGACGCCAUCUCAUAUUGACAUACAAGCCGUAAAGUUAGACCUGAAGUCUAUCGAGGGUGUAAGGAGCGUACAUGACUUGCAUGACAAUACUCGUUGCCCACCUAAAACUCCAAAAAUGCAGUCCAACUCAAUAUUCCGAAACAUUCACGCGAUCCUCAAUAUUAUCAAUGACCAGAAAGAUGUUGAGAAAGAAAUAUAA